AUGCAGCAGUGGUCGUUCAUACCAAAGGAAGUUGGAAGGCUUGCUGAGCGUAUUUUAAACCCGAUUCUCAAUUUCGCAGAAGACAAAAAAGGCUGGAUAUUGCCGUUUGGUGCAACGCCGGAGGUUCAGCAGCAAGAAGUAUUGGAGCGCUUGGAAAGCGAAAUGAUUUAUCGCUAUCUUCAACGACAGAGUAAGAAGCCGGCUGGUCAAAAAUACUUCGGUUUCGAUUCGCACAUGUGUGAUGGUGCGCAGAUGGAGUACUGUGAAAGCAGUCGCGACCCGCUUUACAAUGCCUGGGACCGCGGCUUCUCCAUUUGCUUCUUCGACACUUUCUGUUCGAUGCAGCUGACUUUCUUCAUGUCUACCGUUGGCAUUCGCAAUAUCGUGAUUCUUGCACGUCGCAGUUCAGCUGUCACAGCCACGCGUUGUUCACUUCGCAGUUUGUCAGCACUUUGCAAACUGCAGCUGGCGCUUCAUGUUUUCAUGAUCGUCUGUCCGUUUGUGGAGCUCGCCAUUUACGCUUCGUCACGGUCGUACACCGUGCAUGGCCACCACUUAGUCAAGUGCGCCAGUCAGUUCAUCGUCUGGUCACUCGCCUUGGUGCUGCUAUGUUUCGACCUGCGUUACAGAGGGUUCAAACAGGAAACGGGUCAUUGCAAAACGCUGCUAAUCUUUUUGACGCUGCACAUUUUGUUCCUCAGUUUCGUUGUGUUCAGCUAUAACAACGUCGAUUGGUGGUGGCACAUGACCAGGCACGGCGACGUCUAUCUGCUGGCGCUUUUCAAUGUAAAGUACGUUAUUGCCUGGGCACUGUUUUUCAUUACCGUACACGCCCCCGGCAUCGUGCAAAGCGCCAGUCGGUGUUCGGUCAGUGCCGCCCAACCAACUGUUAGAUCCGUUGAAAAUGCUGGACAAAGUGUAACGUGA